AUGAUGCUAGCAAUUUACUCCACAUUUCCUGACCCGCUGACCCGACCCGGAUCCAGUCCGACCCGGAGACUUACCAGUUUUCCUCGCAGACGGGCUCAGUCCGGAGCCCGUUUUCAUCGGCCCAGAAUCAAUGCGCGUCACUGGAGACUUCGACCGCCGGCCGGAGCUCUCACCGGCGUCUCUUCUCCUUCCGUACCCGGAUCCGGACCCGUUUCCGGGUCUAGCGCGUCCGGGGGAGGGGUCGGACCUCCGGACCGGAGAUCUGCCGACGGGCCUCUCCCUUUUCACCUCGCUGCUAAAUGGCGCGUCCCUCCGCCUCGCCGGAGACAUCUGCCGGAUCUGACCCCCGCCCUUUUCUUCUCCCUUCUCCGCCGGAUUUGUGCCGACGCUCUCGCACUCGCCGAGGGUGCUGCAGAUCUCGGAGCCGACAUCCUCGGACAGGUCGUCGCCGCCGCCGACGAACGCCGGGUGCGGCUUCCUGACGCCGUUGUGGGGGUCCUUGCUGGCAUUUACGGGCGGAAAAGGCCCGUUUCUAACAAAUGGGCUCUCGAAGUGGCGAUGAGCUCCGUGGGCCCGGCCCGGAGGGGUUUUGGGGACGGUGCGGAUCUCCGAUAG